AGUUGAUUAGGUGCUGAACUGAUUCGAACUAGUUUGGUAGCUCCAAAUCUGAAGAAAACCACACUACAUUUUCCCAUCUUAAGUCACGUCAAGACACGCACUUCCGCCAUCGCUCCUCGCCGGUCAGUAUCAAUCUAUUGUACAUCCCUGUUGAUCAAGAAUGCAAUUCUUCGGGGGGUCUGAGAUCAGUCCCUCACCACCUGUGCCAACAGCUUCAGGAAACAAUGGCCAUAUGAUGUAUGUGUUCAAUAGGAAUGGUGUAUGCUUGCUCUAUAGAGAGUGGAAUCGCCCGUUGCGCACUUUGAAUGCCCAGCAAGACCAUAAGUUAAUGUUUGGUUUGCUUUUCUCGCUUAAGUCAUUAACUGCCAAGAUGGACCCCACUAGUGCUGAGAAAGGAAACCUUGGCGUGCCUCAGUUACCUGGCCAAGGUUGUUCAUUUCACAGUUUUCGCACUAAUACAUACAAACUUAGUUUCAUGGAAAGUCCUUCUGGAAUAAAGAUUAUCUUGGUGACUCAUCCUAGAACUGGUGAUCUACGGGAAUCCCUAAAGUAUAUCUACAAUUUGUAUGUUGAAUAUGUUGUCAAGAAUCCACUCUAUACGCCCGGGUCUCCUAUUAGGUGUGAGCUGUUCAAUACAACGUUGGACCAGUAUGUGAGAGGCAUUGCAUAGAAGCUGAAUUGUUUCCAUUUAACACUGCUGAUGAAGAACGCAUGUGUCAUAUAAUGCCUUGUUUUGCGUCGCGGUCACUGCAUUACUAGUCUGAACUUGGAAAUUCUUGGGAUGUCCUCAGGCGGUUCAUGUUGUUUCCUAUAUUGAUUUUUUAAAGUUACAGCGAUGGAUGGUCUGAUUAUAUUGAUACUUCAUAAGAAUUCGUUGUCCAAAAUUUAAACCAAAUGAGCACACUUAACAUCUUUUGUUGUCACUACCUUAGAUACGCAUGGCCAACUCAUUUUGGUUUAUGUGGAUUGUACUGAACUUUUUCUUUUAUAGUACAUGCAUGAUUAUAUAAAGUUAUAAACAUCAAUUAUUCUGUAACUAAAAUUAUGAUUCUGGUAGAAAUUCCGUGGGAAAAU